CGCAGGUACGAGCGGAGCCGGCGAGCGGAGCGCAGGAGAGCGGCCGGGCCGGCGCGGCCAUGGGGAAGGUGCAGCUCUUCGAGAUCCGCCUGGGCGACAGCCGCGUCGUCUACGGCCCCGGAGAGCCGCUGGCCGGCACCGUCACCGUGCGGCUCUCGGGCUCGCUGCAGUACCGAGCCAUCAAGGUGAGCUGCAUUGGAUCCUGUGGGGUGUCCAACAAGAUUAAUGACACGGCAUGGACUGUGGAGGAGCAGUACUUCAACAGCACGCUGUCCCUGGCAGACAAAGGGGUCCUGACAGCUGGAGAGCACAACUUUCCCUUCCAGUUCCUGCUGCCAGCUUCUGCUCCUACGUCAUUUGAAGGCCCUUUUGGCAAGGUCCUGCAUCAGGUGAAAGCUGUGAUAGACACACCUCGCUUCUCCAAGGACUAUAAAUGCAACAAGAUCUUCUAUGUUCUCUGCCCUCUCAACCUGAACGACAUCCCUGACAUCGAGCAGCCCAACACCAUGUCCAUCACCAAGAAGUUCAACUACAAGCUUGUCAAAAGCGGCAACAUCGUCCUGACAGCCACGUCUGAUCUGAAGGGCUACAUCGUGGGCCAGGCCAUCCAGCUCCGCACAGACAUAGAGAACAAGUCCGGCCGGGACACCGGCGCUGUGGUGGCCAGUCUGCUCCAGAAAGUGGCCUAUAAAUCCAAGCGCUGGAUUUACGACCUGAGGACUAUUGCCGAGGUGGAAGGCUCAGGGGUGAAAGCCUGGAAACAUGCAGAAUGGAAGGAGCAGAUUCUGGUUCCAGCACUGCCCCAGUCCAUUCUGCAGGGCUGCAGCCUCAUCCACAUCGACUACUACAUCCAGGUUUCCCUCAAGUCUCCAGAGGUUUCUGUCACUCUCCCCAUCUACAUUGGAAACAUUGCUGUGAACAGGGUCCCGCUGAGCCCCUCCCGCUCCAUCCAGCACAUCCCAUCUGUGGUGGUCCCCAGUGCCCCCCCAGAGGAAGAGGAGGCUGCCACUGGCUAUCACCCCAUGGACAAUAUCUCCAUCCCCACCAAAAGCCAUUCCCAGCAGCAGCCCUUUAGCUACGCCCCAGGACUGAGCUUCCAGGAGAUACGGGCGGACUCGGAGCAGACGGGCUCCCCAAACCACCCCACGCUCUGCCUGUCCACGGGAGCCACUGUCCCCUACUACGCUGAGGGGAACGUGGUGCCUGUCCCCACAGCCAGCUCACUCAUCCUGCCCCCAGAGUACAGCACGUGGGGAUACCCCUACGAGGCACCUCCAUCCUACGAGCAGAGCUGCAGCAGUGCCAACUCCAGCGUCAGCAAUGGCAAUUAGCCCUCCCCUGCUCCGAGCCUGCCAGCGCUGCCCACCCUGGCACCAACGGGGCACCGCCUGUGGCAAAGUCUGGUACAGCACAAGGCGUCUUCUUGUCUCUCUGGCUGCUUUGUGGGGGGAACUGCCACAUCCCAGCCUGGGCUUUUUAAGUCUCUUUCUAGGGAGGGGGUAAAAAAACCAAAAAGAGCAGCCAGAGCAGCCUGCAUGCAUGUAGGAGGGGUCUGGGAAACUGAACUGUCUCCUGCUGCUGCACCAAGUGCUGGAGAGCUGGAUGUGCCCCUGGGAUGCCCUGGGCAGCAGCUUGUUCCAGUACUGUAAUCAACACUAACUGCUUUACUAUCAAAGCACCUGCAAUGCCUUAUCUGAAACACUCCUGACUUGGCACAGCUCCACUCUAGGGGAAGGCUGGUCUGUGUGGACUUUCUCUCCUCUUUUAGGGGCCGUGUGCUCUCCACAAGUGGUUUUGACAGCCCUUCCUCCUUGUCCUCAGAGGUCCUAAGGGUAGCAGGAGGUUUCUUGGAGUAAGCAGGUUCAGAAGGUCAGGGACUUUUGGAGAAGCCAAAAGCACAAGCCCUCGCUGUACUGAGCUGUGGGGGAGUGACUGGCAGUGUGAGUGGCCAUGGGCACGGGGGGGGCUCGUGGGGGCACUUGCUGGUAAGCCCUGGUGAGCUCUGGGGAAGAUGCUGGUGUUCCAUGGGGUGCCCUUUUCCAGCACGGGAGGUUUUUCCCCACAGAGCCCUGUGGGACACAGCCCACCCUUGCUGACUGCCGGGCCCUGGCACACAGGAUAACAGCACUGGUCACGCUGUGAGCGGGGCAGCCACGCUCCAUGUCCCAUCUCCUGCCCCUGCAGGGUGCCCUCUCCUCCCAGGCUGGAGCUCUGUGACCAUCAAUCACAAAAGUCUGUCUGAUGCUACCUCUGAAUCUGCCCGGGGGCCGUGCCCGUGGGAUCCCUUCCCUCCGGGCCCACCCUCCGUGGGGCUCUCCCUGGCAGUGGCUGUCCCUGCCCAGGCCCACAAGGGUGCUGGGCCAGGGGCCUCUUGUGGCACUGGUUUGCUGUGUGUCCCCUGAGCCUGAGCAGAAUGUGACAACGAACACAAACCGUGUGGGAGCUGCUGCGCUCGUCCGCAGUCUCCGCUGCCCCUGGCAGUCGGGGGAACAAGCUGGGUCUUCUUGCAAUUUUUCUUUUGCGCUUUUUUCCCCCCCCCACAUCUUGUUUAGCUUGUUUAGCAUCGACUGCCCAAGCUGAGGAAAACACAAGCCACGUUCCCUCAGAGCCACAGGUGCCCAGCCAGGCUGGAGUUGUGGCCUCCAGACCUUUGGCACCUCAGAGCUGGUCCCCACGUGGCUGGGCAGGCAAUACCUGGCACACCUUCAGGAGCAUUUCCAGCUGCUGCCUCCUUGCUCAGCCACCUCUGCACAGCCCUCAGGCAGCUGGGACAGGCCCUGCUUUGCACUCUUUCUUUGCAAAUGCUUUUUUAUUUUAUUUUUUUUAAGCAUUGAACUGCUUUAAGGGUAGCGUAGCGAAGGUGCCGUUCUGAGCAGUGCUGGCACAACAUGCACCGAUGCUGGUAGAGUGAUUGUCAUUGUCCCUGAAUAUAUAUAAAUAUAUAUAUAUAUAUGAGAUGAAGUUGUUUUUAAUGAUUGAAUUCAGAAAUACAAAUUUUAAUGCUGUAUUUAAUAAAUUAUUCUACGAGAAAUGCUGUGCUUUUUCAUCCAUUUCUGAUGCUGAUCCAUGUGCCUGUUCAUGCCAAAUCCAGGACUGCACCUUGCUGAUUGCUUACAAAAUGAAGUGAGUUUUUUUUUGCUCUCACCAGGAAGGGUGGUGAACUCUGCCAAGGCAACUUGGGGAAAACAAGCAGGGUGUGGCCUGACCACAGUGCCAGGCUCAUGAUUCCACAGGGCCGGAGGGAAUUUGGCACCACGUGGGCUUAGCUCUGGAGAGAGCAGCCACUGCACUGCUGCUUCCCAGGAUUUGUCCAAGUGUCCUGUGUCCUGAAGCCAGGAUUUGUCCAAGUGGCCCAGGAGUCCUGGGCAGUGCUCACUGCUGCUGGGGAGGAAGGGGAGAGCAGACCCUGCCUUUAAGAGGAUGGAGCUGGCAUAGCCAAGGUCUGGCUGGAAGGGCUGGAGACCACAAGCCCCAGCCCUCUCCUAAGGAGCAAUUUGGAAUAAACUUAUUAAAAGUGGAAGAAGGCUCCUCCCCACAACCCCACUUUGGUGAUCCCAUGGCUGAAGCAUGCAGGUGUUGCCUAAAUGUCACUGCAGGUAGCCUGGGGUGGGAUCUGCGUCUUGGACACAAAGAUCCUUCUUCAUUCUCUUCUCAGCUUGUGCUUCUGCCCAGCUUCCAACGAUUCAGACUCUCCUUUGCUGGGUGGUCUCAUGGAAUGAGCAGCAUUCUUCAUCUACAGUGGGUCAAAGGCUCUUCCCCAGUGCUCUUCCUCUUCCUCCCACCUGGCUGACCCUGUCUUGCCUGGCUCAGUCUGCAGCUCCCAUGGCCUUCCUUGCUGUUGGCUGGAGAUGAAUGCAAAUCCCUUCCACACCUCUGGAAAAAAUCCUGUCAAAAUGCCAAUGCUUCUGGAGCUGCUGGGUUGGGCUGCAGGAUCCUGACCCAGCCAGGCUCUGGGAGAGCGGACAGGGCUGGGACCAGGACUGGUCUCCCAGCUCCUUCUCCAUCCCUGGGGCUGAGCUGCUGGUGGUGUGUCCAGCCCUUGUUCCUUGGCUGGAAAAUGGGAUUGCUGUUUGGUUGCUGUGGCCAGAGCUCCUGGGCUGCUUUUCCAGACUCUCAGCCAGCACCUGUCCUUGUUGCACCUUUGUUUUGGGAUUGUCCUGUCCAUGGUGGAGGCUGUGGGGGAGGGAGCCCUCACCCAGCCCGUGCUGUGCCCUGAGUCUCUGCGGUGCUCCUGUGCACCUUGCCUUGCUCUCCCAAAUUAUAUUUGCUACAAAGUGGUCUUUGGGACCUCUUGCUGUACACUUUGCAAAGCAAGGAGCAAAUGGGAAUGCUCUUGGCUGGUGAGGAGUGUCCGUCACUGCUGCUGUGGAGGAGCAGGAAGGAGCUGGAACUACACCUCAGAGUGGUUCUCAUCCUUUUGGGUGCUGUGCAGGGGCCCCUCGGCCCUGCGAGGUGGCUCUGGCCAGGGUGCAGCAGGCCAGCACCCCAGGGUGUCUCUGAGCAGCCUCAUUGUGCAAGACAAUUGACGUAAGAAGUGACAAUCAGUGUUUUCCCACUCUCCUGCCCCGCCUUGCCUGUCCCAGGCUGUGCAGGGAAGUGAAGCCUGACACAAAGAGCCUUGCUGAUGUUUUCUGGAGCCCUUUGAAAUGGGUGCAGGAUGGAGGGGUUGGUCCAGCUCUUCUCGAAUCCCUCUGCAGGGGUGGCCCCAGGGCACUGUCAGGUGCCUUGGGGAGGGCUUUGGGUGAGCACAGAGGGGCAAACCCAGUAUUUGGGUUUGGGUUUGUCUGCUCACCCUCUCCAGAGAAGAUCAAUCCCUCUGUUCUCUGUCCACAGCCCCUCUGGCUUCCACCUCUUGAAGUCUUGGGGAGCUCCUUUAGGCCCUUGGUCAUCCCUCCCUCCUCUUGCUGAACACUGAAAAAAGAGGGAAAAAGCCCAUUUUUUCUGAUCACAGCUCUGGGUAAAGAAAUUCAGCACGUAGAGAUUCAAAUUCCUGGCUCGGAUUUUUUCCAUAAUUGUUUUUGAGUUUGUUUGAAAUGGGAAGGGGGAACAGUGGGGCACGAGAGAAGCUUGUGGGUUAAUUGUUUCCAAACUCAGUGUUCAAUGGAAAACACCAAAAAUAUCAUCAGUUCUUUUUUUUUUUUUUUUUUUUUUUUUCCUGCUGCUUUUAUGUCCUUCAUGGUUUUGUUCUUGUCCUGCUCUCCACAUGUUCCACCUCUACAUCUUUGGCUUUUUCAGUGUUGUGUCCUAAACUAAACUCUGCUUUGGCAUCUGCUGUCCCGCUGCCUGCAGGAGAUGGGGAAAGGGGGAUGCAAAGGCUCUUCUUUCUUUUGGACAAUGAUUCUUUUUUAGCUUUCCACUGAAAUUCCAGGAAUUUUGUAAAAAUAAAUAUUUUCUGCUAGGAUGUUUUCCUGUUGAGCCAGCACAAGACAGGAGAUACAGGGUGUUCUAGGCUCCAUUUGGGUUUUACUCUAUAUUUUAAAAUACUUGCAAGUAUCUGCAACAGGAAUGUCCUAUCCCUCCUCCCAAGUGAGACUGGUGGGGUAAAACCCUCAAAACUUGUGCCCUUUCUUGUACCACUACUUGUGGCUGUAAUUCUUUAUUCCUGUGGUUCUCUUUACAGAAUUUGGGGUUUUAUACAAAAAUUUGUGAUGGCUCUGUACAACCUGAGACUUCUGUGCAAUUUAUAACUGGGUUUUGAAAUGUAAACUCACAGUUUUCCAUGUUUACCAUGGCUUCUGGGGAGUAUUUUUGUCCUGGAUUUUAACCCCCCCAAAUGUAAAGAACUGGAAAAAUGUAAAUAAAAAUGAUCUUUUUUAAGACCA